GACUCAUCCGCAUUCAUCAUGGCACCAACUUUGAUAUUUGUGACAGGAAAUGCGAACAAACUAAAAGAGGUCAAGGCCAUCUUGUCUCAAGACAGUAGCCCGAUUGUGAUCGAAUCGCGCGCUCUCGAUAUACCGGAAAUCCAAGGAACUACCCAGGAAGUCGCUAUUGCCAAAUGUCGACGCGCAGCUGAGCUUCUCGGUGGCCCAUGUAUUACUGAAGACACGGCACUCUGCUUCGAAGCUAUGAAUGGGCUCCCUGGGCCUUAUAUCAAGUAUUUUCUGGCCGAUCUUGGACACGAAGGGUUGAAUAGGAUGCUUGAUGGCUUCCCCACUCGCGCGGCCUGGGCUCUUUGUACAUUUGCCUACUCAGAUGGACCCGAUUCAGAGCCUAUACUGUUUGAAGGCCGUACAGAUGGCUCGAUUGUUGCUGCACGUGGGCCGGGGGUCUUUGGUUGGGAUGCUGUCUUUCAACCAAAUGGAGCCAGCCUGACUUACGCUGAAAUGCCUGCCGACCAAAAAAAUCAGCUUUCUCACCGCUACAAGGCACUGAAGAAACUAAAAGAGUACCUCUACAGCAAAGAAUCGUAG